UGAGUCCGGGGGCUUUGUGUUUGUUUCCGUCCUCUCGCUGUCGCGGUAUCUUCCUCCUUCAACCUCUCGCUGGUGUAGAAAGUGAAAGUCAGAUAACCAGACAUGCUGCACGGCUCAAUCCAUACAAAACAACACUUUAGUAAUGUAAUGUCAACACUCUCAUUCGAAAGACAUCAGUAUGAAUCAUGGCCUUGUGGAAAUGUUCAGAGAGAAGUUAGACCGCCUCACCAUCUCAGAUUACCAUGGCUUGAAAAGUCCAGGUCUUACAUGCUAUUUAAACAGCAUUCUUCAGGUGCUUUUCAUGACCGAAGACUUCCGGGAGGCUGUGAAAGGAUGCUGCAGUAAAGAUUCAACAAUCAUUGACCCUUACCUGGGGGAACUGUUUGCCGAUUUACAGAAAAAAAUGGCCAAAACACAUCAAGUUAUAAAAAAACUGGAGAUCACAAACGUAUAUGAGCAACGUGAUGCUGCUGAAUAUUUUGAGAAGAUCCUAUGGCGGACCAGUCCAGACGCAUCCAAGAUAUUCAAGGGGGAGGUGAGUCACAAGACCACGUGCCUCAGGUGCAAAGACACACACGAUUCCAGGAGCUCUUUUUGGUUUCUGCCACUUGCAGUGGACAAUUCGUGUCAUCAAACUUACAGUGUGGAGAAAGGGUUGAAGGCAUUCUUUAAGGGAGAAAAAGUCUGUGGGGAUAACAAGAUGUACUGCACUCGGUGUAAUACAAAGCAAGAUGCAGACUUUGGAUGUGAGAUAACACAAAAUCCAAGGAUUUUGACCCUCCUGCUGCAGAGAUUCAGUUUUGACUACAAAUACAGGUGUUACGUCAAGCUUCACUGCAAAGUGGAUGUCCCCCAAACUUUACACAUGGAGAAUUGCAAAUAUGACCUCUACGCUUUAGUUAACCACUUUGGUAAUCUAAUAGGAGGUCAUUAUACUGCACAGAUCAAAUCUUUUGAAAAUAAGGAGUGGUAUCACUUCAAUGAUGACAUCGUUGCAGGGGUCAAACAGCCACUAUUUGGGUCUGGAGACAAAUCUUUGAGGUCUUCUACAGCUUACCUCCUCAUGUACAGGAAGGAUAACAGACAUUCAGAAGCUGAGGCUGAAGGAAGUCAUGACAAAGCAGAGAGAAGAAAGCCAAGUUAUCAUCAACCGAAGGAUGAAGACUUAAAUGGAGGAGAAAACGUGAAUCACUUGAAUUGUGAUGUGGUUUUAGAGAAACCGACAGACUGUCCAGUUGGACUGGGAAAUCAAUUAAAACAGAGACCCACGAGUGUGCGGCCACGCAAAGGGGUGUUGCUUCAAACAGACCCUGUAGCAGAUGGAAACAUUUACCAACCAGGUUUGCAAAUACAGAAGUCAAGUUUUGCAAAGCUGCAAAGUGUAACUGAUAGUAGCAUUACAACAAAUAGUGUCAACCCUGCAGAACCUAAAGCUGUGAAAAACAAAAGGGAGGUAGAAGGAAUGGGUUUUAAACAGAGCAGAGAGGCAGGUGUCGGUGCAAAUAUACUUGAUUCUGAUGUAAAGGCAAAUUAUGUGUCCUCCAAUGGCUAUUCUUCAUCUUCACAUCCAUACUUGACAGCACACGGGAGUAAAUUAAGCAUGAAUGCACAUACUGGGUGUAACUAUUCACAAAACCUAUGCACAAAAUCAAAGAGAGAAAAGGAGAAAAUGCAGCAUGUUGUGACCGCAGACAGUAGCCGCAAACUGGAGACCAAAAAAACUGUGACAAAGAGAGAAAAUACUGCAAGUUCUGGAGCGAAACGAAAUGCUGCAAAGGGCGGGAACAAAAUAUGGAGGUGACGAAAUAAUAAGGAUAAUAUCUGUACAUUUAAAUGAUGGGUGUUUUUUGUCACUUCAGUAUCUAGUAUUUUGUUAUGUUUAUGCUUUUUAAAUAUUACUCACUGAAAGUAUCCUUUGACACUGUUGGCUGUUGAUGUAAUAAUGUAAUAAUCUGUAUAGAGCACUUUUCAAUGACAAUGUUACAAAGUGCUUUCACAGGAGCAAAGAAAAUAAAACACAACAAACAAAAUAAGAUACAUGGUAAAAACAGUAAGAAAGUUAUGAAAUUAAAAUGUAGUUGAAAGAAAAAUACAUAAUUAAGAUUAACUAAAAUAAGGAAAGUCUCGUCUAUAAAAGUAUGUUUUAAGAAGGGACUUUAAAGAGUUCAAGGACUCAUUUCAAAUGAAUUCAAAUUAGCUUUAUUGGCAUGAAUGUGUUACAAUAAUAUUGCCAAAGCAUCAUACAAACUACAUAAGAACAAUCAACCCCAUACAUUUGAUUAAACAAGUAAUUAAAGCGUGUUU